GGAUCAGAACCGCGGACAGCUCCUUGGUGGAAGCAGCUGCAGGGUUAAUAACACGUCUGCUGUGAUUUGACAAGCGUUCUGGCUGGGUUCAAGUUCUGCACUGGAAGCCCCCACACAGGGUGGAAGAAGCUGGAUGUUAAGUUUUUACAUGGAGUUUUUCUUUCUAUUGUUUUUAAUGCAACUGGGUUCCUCUAUUGGUUCUGGCCAGGAUGGUACCAAGAGAACCCUUUAAUAUGUUUUUUUUAAACGGACACCUUGACUGAAAGAUGAUUGAUGGAUGAUGCCAGCAUCUUCGGGGAACUUUUGCCUCUCCAUUUUCUUCACAUAAUAUUUCUCAAAGGUUUCCUUGCAGCUUCCGUCCCAGCAUGGCGCUUAGUGUGAACUGCAGGACUAACCCUAAAGAGCAGGCGUCAGUCCAAAACAGUUUCCCCGAUGUUCUGGAACUAAAUGUGGGCGGCCAGGUUUACUACACUCGGUAUUCCACUCUAGUGGGUACUCCUAGUUCGCUGCUGGCUAAGUUGUUCUCUAAAAAGGACGCCUCUAACGACUUGGCCAGAGACCUCAAAGGUCGUUAUUUCAUAGACCGGGAUGGCUUUUUGUUCCGCUACGUGCUGGACUACCUCCGUGAUAAGAAUGUGGUUCUCCCAGACCACUUCCCGGAGAAGGGUCGUCUCAAAAAGGAGGCAGAGUACUUCCAGCUCCCUGACCUUGUGAAGCUUCUGAGCCCCGAUGAGCUGAAACACAGCCCGGAUGACUUCUUCCAAAGUGACUAUGAAGACAGCGACCCUCGCGUGUGCCCGCCGCCGUCUUUGGUGCCAGCGGACCGGAAGAGCGGCUUCAUCACGGUGGGCUACCGGGGCUCGUGCACGACAAGCCGAGAAGCUCAGAGCGACGCAAAGUUCCGUCGAGUCCCACGGAUCCUUAUUUGCGGACGUGUUGCCCUAGCGAAAGAGGUCUUCGGUGAGACCCUAAAUGAAAGCCGGGACCCAAACAGGACCCCGGAUCGCUACACUUCUAGAUUUUACCUGAAGUUCAAGCACCUGGAGAGAGCCUUCGACAUGCUGUCGGAGUGCAGCUUCCAAAUGGUGGCCUGCAACUCGUCAGUGACGGCCUCGUUUGUCAGUCAGCACACUGAGGAUAAGGUCUGGUCCAGCUACACCGAAUACGUCUUCUACCGUGGUCCAUCACGUUGGUCGUCCCCUCCCUGCGACUGCUGCUGUAAGAACCACAAAGGCGAAGGCGACGGCGAAAGCGGCACGUCUUUCAACGAGCUCUCCACCUCCAGUUCGGAGAGCCAAUCUGAGGCCAGCUCGCCGCAGGGGACGGUCAUCUGCGGCCCCGUCAGCCGCCAACCACACCCUCACGCUAACGUCCAAACCCUGGACAGGCCGCUGAAAAAGGGCCCGGUCGCCAGGCUCCAGCAGUCGGAGCAACGAAGGAAAAGCGAUCUUCUACGUACGCUGACGUCGACUUCGCGUGACAGCAACGCGUGCAAGAAGAGGCCGCCCAAAGAGAAGCUGACGGUAGAAGAAGAGCUGCAAAAGUGCAUUCAGGACUUCCGUAAGAUCAAAAUCCCUGAGAGGUUUCCCGAGAGGAAGUACAUGUGGCAGGCGGACUUGUUGAGAAAAUAUCGUCUCUGAGCACACUGCAAACGCACCCUCGAGGGCCAAAGGAUCUGUUUACACGUUUAUUUUCCUCGUGACGGCAAAAGACGGAGAUAAUUAAAAUCACUCACUCACCUUUAUACCAGUCGGUUGAACAGCUACAACACGGCGAAGCUCGAGAGAAACAUUAAAAACCAGACUGUUCUCUUAUUGACGUAACGUAUGUAUGUAACGUAUGUGUGUGCAUUUACUUCCAAGCCACUCUCUUCAAUAUGUGCUGUUAUCUCGCUCAACCAUUCACUUCUUUGAAUAAUUUACCAGAGGACCAAAGCAAGCGAGAAGACGAACGAACCGGGAGAACGACUCGCUAAUGUUGACGCUGGAGUGUUACUCAGAAAAGCACACGAAUGCAUCAUCAUUUCCUCUCACGUCACAAAAAGCAGCAGCAAAAAGAAUCACAUGGGUAACAGUAUUUUUUGGACAAACUGUUAAAUCAAUAAUCUGUAUUAGUUAAAGUAAAUUAUAAUGCAGUUAUACUAAAUAAUAACUCAAAAGUUAGCUUAAAUGUAAAAUAACAACACACACAAAACAAACCACUAUGACGACAAUGUUUUGUCAUCAUUCAACAAAAGUCUGUGAUGGCAGCCCCUAAAGUUGUCUACCAAAUUUUGGUUACAGUUUGUGUUUUGUAAAACGAAUUGAGUUGCUUGAAAUAUUCCAAGUCAAUGUGAGAUUUGGGGGAAUUUGUCCAAGAAAAAUAAUAGCAGGCAACAUUAGCCACGUAUACAUGGACCCAAAUAUUCCAAUUCCAUUCGGGUUAUUUGCUCAAACGGAAAGAAUCUAACCUCAUUCCGAAAGAAAAGUGCCACUCCGAAUGAAUAUAUAAUCAGAUUCACAGGGGUGGAAUAUUCCUUUCCCCAAUUCGAUUGAGGUAUCUUGUACCCGCUCAAAUGGAAAGUUGUCAGACUGCGUUCUUUUUUGUGGUGUUUUUCUUCUUGUGUUGUUUAUUGGCGGUUGGCAAGCAGCUUUCAUGUGCAUUAGCGCCAUCUAUGGAACCGAAUCCAUACGCUUCUAUACGCCAUUCACAAGUCCAGUUUUAUUAAAAAAGAAAAUAUAUAUCUAUAUAAUACAUGUGGGCUGCACGGUGGACAAGUGGUUAGCGCGCUGACCUCACAGCUAGGAGACCAGGGUUCAAUUCCACCCUCGGCCAUCUCUGUGUGGAGUUUGCAUGUUCUCCCCGUGUAUGCGUGGGUUUUCUCCGGGUACUCCGGUUUCCUCCCACAUUCCAAAAACAUGCUAGGUUAAUUAGCGAUUCCAAAUUGUCCAUAGGUAUGAAUGUGAGUGUGAAUGGUUGUUUGUCUAUAUGUGCCCUGUGAUUGGCUGGCCACCAGUCCAGGGUGUACAAAAAGUUGGGAUAGGCUCCGGCAUAGCCGUAACCCUAGUGAGAAUUAGCGGCAUAAGAAAUGGAUGAAAAUUUACAUACAGUAUAUUUUGUUAAAUUGCUGUGUGAUGAAUUUAGUACCGUUAGUAAUGAAGACAGCUGGGAUAGGCUCCAGCACCCCCCGCGACCCUCGUGAGGAAAAGCGGUAGAAAAUGAAUGAAUGAAUGAGUUUAAUUAUAAAAUAUUAGCAAGAUUAAACUUUAUCUUUUCCUGUUCCCGGGUGCGUUCUUUCAGCGAAUGCUGAGAUAUGACGUAACACGCAGCUCGAGAGACGUUUUUGAUCCAAACUAAAUUUCAAGACUGGACGAAGGAAAAACUGGCAAUACGAAGUUAUUCCAACAAGUGAAAGAAAAACUCAAGGAAGUCGGUAUCACGUGAUGUUGAUGUUUACGUUUUACUGGGCAUGCCCCAUUGACCAUUCUGGUUGAUUAUAGCGGCGCAUGUAGACACGUGAUUGGAAUAUUCCUUUCCAUGGAUACCAUUGCUUUCGGAAAGGUCUUUCGGAAAGAGAAAAACUCAUGUAAACGUGGCUAUUGGGUGUUUUGUAAAGCGAAUUGAGUUGCUUGAAAAAUUCCAAGUCAAUCUAAGAUUUUGGGAAAUUGUCAGAAAAAUAAUAGAAAGCAAAUUGUCAGCAUGCAGGUUUUUAAUUAUUGUCACCCCUUUGUGUGAAGUGGUUAGCUAUGGGGGCCUAUAGGUCAACCUUGGUGGUCUUACUAUGAAUAGUGCCGCGUGGGUACAUGUUACUAUUUUAUUUGAUUGUAUUUAUUUGCAUUUGCUUACAUCAGAAGGAAUGGAAUUGCUGCAAUUUCAUCAGCGCACAAAUGAAUACCCACACCCCCCCCACCCCCACCCCUUUUCCAAUAUGAGUUUCUACUGCAAAAGGCGCCCCCGAGUGAAUCACAUUGCUGUGAAUUGCUUUGGCUUCUGCAGAGCAAUUUCCGAGAUGGGCAAUAAAGUGAAGGUUUUGAUGGUCAAAUCACAGAGAAAUACACAAGUUCAAUAAAAGCUCUGAUGGAGCGCACCCACACAAAUGUUUCACUUUAUAUUACAUGUGUUUAUUACAUCAUCAGCAGCUCAAAUAAAGACUGUGGAUUCAUUAAGCCAUUAAAACAUUUGUACAACAACACUUUAGACAAGAUACAACCCUUGCUAGCGUUACCGGCGCAUACGCUGAUGUUCUCUACUGACAAGAUGAUCAAUAGUUCUUGAUGAGGGGCUCCGGUGGCAACACUGAUAUGUGGUUCUUGUUUACAGUUAUUAAUGAACCUGACCAGAACCCCUAUCGACGGAACGAGUACUGAAAAUUCCAGACUACUUUUUGAACAAUGAUGAGGCUAAGUGAUGGCUAAAGGAACUACAGUUCCCAUGAUGCUUAGAGUGCAGAUUCAGGAAGUAGUGAAGUGGAUGCUAAUAUGUCGUGAUUGUGUUUUGAUCGGACAAAUCUUAAGUAAGUUUGAUCAGAUGUUGAAUUGUUGAACUCCAAUGAAAAUAAGCGUCCAGUCGCCGGCAUAGGAUUGCAAGGUUUACGGUCUUUCAUGUUGAAUUGUUGAACUCCGAUGAAAAAAAGCAUCCAAGUCAUCUGCGCUAACGAGUAACGCUAGAAAAGUAGGAUGGAGUUUACGUAGGAUUGCAAGGUUUAUGGUCUUUCAUGUUGAAGUGUUAAACUCCGAUGAAAAUAAGCAUCCAAGUUAUCUGCGCUAACGAGUAACACUGGAAAGGUAGGGUUGGAGUUUACGUAGGAUUGCAAGGUUUACGGUCUUUCUUGUCAGAUUGUUGAUCUCCGAUGAAAAUAAGCAUCCAAGUCAUCGGCGCUAAUGAGUGACGCUGAAAAAGUAGGAUGGAGUUUACGUAGAUUGCAAGGUUUAUGAUCUUUCAUGUGUUUCGACAUCGCCUUUGAGCUGCCCCUUACUAGAUGAGCCCACCCCAUGUAUACAACAGGCUUCGCUACACUUCUAAAAUAAAGCCUCUAGCUCUGCCAACUAUCCUUUAGUCAACGGCAGGUAUGGGAAUUGUAAAGCCCCCCCAGCAAAUAGGCUAACCCAACAUGAUGUGAGUGUAAUGUUAGCACCGUAGCGGAUUUACAGCGUAUAUGUCAAAUGUAUAAAACACAGCUCAUUAGCAUAAAAUACGCAGGCUUACUUUAAUGAAAUGAUUUAAUAAAACCUAUGAAAAGCAUUUAAUAUAUUUAAAAAGCACAAAAUUAAAUACUUAUUUUAAAAAAAGACAAUACUAUGUUAAUACAAAUUAUUGAAUGAAAAUAAAACUUAUUUUUUAUACCUACUGACUUUUAGUGUAAUAAGGAUGCUUAUUUUGUCCAUAAUGUUUAAAUUUAUCAAAAAGGUCCGUAAUUAUCACUUGUGUUUUUAGCUUGGGUUUGAUUUCUCUUAGCAAUGUAUCACAUGUAAAUAAACACCAUACAUGUAACCAUGUUAAAUGUAUUAUAUAUGUACAUAAUACCCAGAUUUAUUGUAUAUAGGACUCAUUCAUCAUUGUAGUUUUUUUAUGUUGCUCCAUCAAGGAUGCAUGGGGAAAUAUAAAACACCCCCCCCCCCCCCCCCUAAACUACUGUAUCACAUAUACUACUGUGGUAUACUGUAUGUAUGAAACAUGAACCGGUUGAAAUAGUGUUCCGGUCAGGCUGGAAUAUGCUGACAGUUCACUGAUACUCAAACGGAUAUGAGAAGCUGUUUUCAUUCGGAAUACCUUGAGUGUCGAAUGCACAUUUAGGAAGGAAGGAAGGAAGGAAGGGAGGGAAUGAUGCAUUUACUGUCAGUCAGCGUGCAUUGAAGUGCUGUCAAACUUGUUUUUCUUUAAACCAAAAAAUGCAUUCUGAAUGAAACCAGCUUCCAUGGCGACAUACAAAAAAAAAAAAACAACAACACAAACACAUCAAUCUACCACAAAACAUACUUGUCAUGCUCAGCAGCCUUCUCGUGCCUUGGAAUCACAAAAGUCGUCAUUAGAGCUAGGAAAAACUCAUAGUUGGGAAAGACUGUAAGGUCAAGGUCAGCUAUGCUAUUGUUACGCUGAAUUUUUCAAUGUCCAAUUAUCGGGCCGAUGUGAGGCAUUAUGACAUCAUACCCGAUAACAUUAAAAAAAAAAGCUUUCAGUGACGUGCUACAAACGGCUAUUGUGCCUUCCUCUGAUGUUGUAAACAAACAUGUCGUCAAUCAUGUGGGACUAAAGACAUUUAGCCAAAUGCUCGGCAAACAUUCCAUAAAGAGUACAAAAAAAAAUUCAAGUCAACACAUCAAACCAAGCCCAGGGCUUGUUCCUAUCGCCGCUGCAUUGGAAAUGUUUGCCAGAAACCAGAGGGCCAAAGCCAAUGCUGGUGGAUAACCAACCCCUUUGUUAGUGUUAAAGAUACCGGCUUUUGUCGCCAAGUACGCCCAUUUGAGCCACGCGGUUUGUACUUCAAUUACAAUUUGUCAAAUCCAACUUUCUUUGAGUCGUACUUACCACUAGGAGUCAACAAACUACAUCUAUAAUUACUUAUCGUUAUUGGUCUUGAGAAGCCAAAAGUUAUUGUUAUCGGCUUAAAUUUCCUCAAUAGAUGAUUAAGUUAGAUUGAUUAAAUAGAUUAAGUAGAUGAUUAGACACAUGCAAUCCAGAAAAUGAUAUGUAAAUGUUACAAAAAAAGUGGACUAAUAAAUUGACAAUAAAAGCACAAAUACUGCGGAUUUCAGAAAACAACAGAUGGAAUGAUACAGCACUCUAUGAGAAGCAAUGAAGUCCGUAAAAUUAAAUGAUUAAAAAAUAAAAUCCAAAAAUUGUUAACUAUAAUGAUGGAAAUGGUAAUAUUAAUGAUGAUUAUAAUGAUGGUCAUAAUGAUAAAGAUUAUAACAAUAAUGAUAAUAAUGAUAAUGAUAAUAACAAUAAUAAUCCUCACAUUUAUACCUAUGGACAAUUUGGAGUCACUAAUUAACCUAGCAUGUUUUUGGAAUGUGGGAGGAAACCGGAGUACCCGGAGAAAACCCACGCUUGCACGGGGAGAACAUGCAAACUCCACACAGAGAUGGCCGAGGGUGGAAUUGAACCCUGGUCUCCUAGCUGUGAGGUCUGCGCGCUAACCACUCGACCGCUAGGUUAAUUACUCCAACGACUCCAAAGGUCGUUGGAGGUCCAUAGGUAUGAAUGUGAUUCUGAAUGGUUGUUUGUCUAUAUGUGCCCUGUGAUUGGCUGGCCACCAGUCCAGAGUGUACCCCGCCUCUUACCCGGAGACAGCUGGGAUAGGCUCCAGCACCCUCGUGAAGAUAAGUGGUAGAAAAUGAAUGAAUGAAUAAAUGAAGAUCAUUCGACGUGACUAAAUGCAGCACAUAUUAGAAUCUAUCCAUGCUACCUAGCUAAAUAGGCAACCAGCGCAGCACACGCCAUCAAACAAAUGCAUUUCAUUCCUAUGAUUUGUCAUUUGCAACACAAUUUGUGUAUUUUAUGAACUAAUUCCUUGGCAAGCUGGUUACAUAAAAAGUCAUUUUACAGGUAUUAGUUUGUGUUAUAAUGGAGGUGAAAGGAAGGCCAAUCGUGGCUUCAGGCGAUGCAGCACGUUUUAUGACAAACAGUCUCCAAUGACAACAUCCCAGGAACGGAACAUCAAGGGUGUUAAUAUAAACAAGAAAACAAAUCUCAGUAUAGACGCUGUUCCUCAGCGCUUAAUGUGAGGCAGUGUUGUUCAAUUUGCGUUAACGCACAAAACAAAAGCGUAGAAUUCCUCCAUGGCUAUGCAUCGGUAAAACAUUUUACAUCUCAAUACCAUCUCUCACUGAGAAAUUGAGGGGGAAAAAAUAUAUAAAAACAAAAAAAAAGACACAUUUUCACAUAAUUUUGUUAGCUAAAAGCAAACAAAGGAAAUCUAUUCCUAAAUAUGGCCAUUUAGGACAGGAUACUGCUGCUACAAUCAUUACAUAAAACAUCCGAACAAUCAUCCAAAUCAUGAACGUGUGCAAUAAAGACAACAUUACCGACUGAACGAGGCAGAAUCUCUUGAUUUUGACCAUCAAAUAGAUGUUUUACUGUGCAAGAUGUUAUGAAAUACCGGUAGGAAAAGGAUUUAAGGGUGUUAACACCCCCCCAAUGGAUUAAAGCCAUACUCUAGACCAGUGAUUUUCAACCACUGUGCCGCGGCACACUAGUGUACCUUGAGAAACCGUCAGGUGUGCCGUGAGGAAUUAUCCAAUAUCACUUUUUAUAAUUAACAUUUAUUAAUCAUCAUUUGCAAAUAUUAUGUCAAUAGCCAUGAAUAUAUGGACCCAAAUAUUCCAAUUGCAUUUGGUUUAUUUGCUCAAACGGAAAGAAUUGAACAGGGAUGGAAUAUUCCUUUAACCAAUCCGAUUGAGGUAUCUUGUACCCGCUCAAACGGAAAGUUGUCAGGGUGCGUUCUUCUUCGUGGUGUUUUUCUUCUUCUGUUUUUUAUUGGCGGUUGGCAAGCAGCUUUCGUGUGCAUUAGCGGCAUCUGUGAAACAGAAUCUAAACCCUUCUAUACUUUAUUCACAAGUCCAGUUUUAUUAAAAAAGAAAAAAUAUAUCUAUAUAAAACAUGUCCUGAGUUUAAUUAUAAAAUAUUAGCAAGAUUGAAUUUGAUCUUUUCCUGUUUAAAUUGAUCCCGGGUGCGUUCUUUCAGCGCAUGCUCAGAUAUGACGUAACACGCAGAUCCAGACGUUCUUCGGUUUUAAAAAUGGAGGCCAGCAAUCGGCACUGGACUAAGCAAAGUUUUUUUUGAUUCAAACUAAAUUUCAAGACUGGACAGACGAAAAACUGGCAAUACGGAGUUAUUCCAACAAGUGAAAGAAAAACUCGGGGAAGUCGGUAUCACGUGAUGUUGAUGUUUACGUUUUACCGUGCAUGACCCAUUGACUAUUCUGGUUGAUUUUCACGGCGCAUGUAGACAAGAGAUUGGAAUAUUCCUUUCCAUGGAUACCAUUGUUUCCCGAAAGGUCAUUCGGAAAGAGAAAAAGUGGUGAUGUAAAAACGUGGCUACUGUGGAGUGUCUGUGGUGUAAAGACUGGCAGAGCAAUGUAAUAUUGGUCCGUGUGGCAACACCUACCUUGUUCCUCCGAUAGACUUAUUGAUGCACGUGUGAGGUCGUGGUGACAUUUUGGAACAUUUUUGGUUAGUGGUGUGCAACAAGAUUUUUCCAAUGGUAAAAAACGUGCCGUGGCUCAAAAAAGGUUGAAAAACACUGCUCUAGACUGGAUACCACCAUCAUGUCGGAUCAUUAAAAAAAUCAUUAUUGAGAAUUUUUUAUUGUCUCAAUGAUUAAAAUGUUUAUUUCUUCAAUCCGUCACAUACCGGAAUGACACAAAAAUUUAAGAAUUUUAUUUAUUCCUUAGAAAGAAGUCUGAAAAAGACUGGUUGUCUUGUAUUGAGAAACACUUAACAACUUCUCGGCAAGCAAGUCAAAGCUUUUCUGCCUGGCACUCCCACUCAUCAGUGAAAUGAAAGUGUGUCAAAGGUUGCUGGCAAGUUAGCAAACAACACAGCAGGCACCAGCUAAGAAAUAUUUUGUCUAAAACAAAUAUUUUUCCAAAAACAAGUAUUGAAAAUGAGGGGUUGGCCAAGUUCACACAGCAGAUCGAUUUCAAUUUUUUUUUUUUUUUUUGCUCCUUUGAUUUUUUUCAUGUCAUUGCAAACAGUACCAUUUUCAAACACAACCUUCGUAUGUGGCUAUAAAUCACAGUACGUAAUCUACAGAGCUAACUCAUUAGCCUCUCCAAUUUACUUGUUCAAACCGAAAGAAGGACAAAGAAGGGCAAAAAGUUACCACUUCCACACGGACUCAGAGGAGAACCUUGUCUUCACCCGAUCUCAGCCAUGGCAUGUUGGCUCUGUAGCCAAUCUCUAUGCAGAGCGAAAGGUCAUGUCAUCUAACGUCAUGUCUCUGAUGUCUAUGAAUAUUAAAUAUAACAUGUCUUUCAAUAUUUUGCUAUUCUAACCACAAUAUAUUAGGACUGUAUAUCCAACCUAUAUGUCAGAAAGAAAGGCUUGUUUUGCAGAGACUUGGGAAAAGGUACUUAAAGACGUAGUAACUUAAUAAUUUGGUUUAGAAAAUGUUGACAAAAUUCUUGAAAUUAGACUGAGACCAUGAAUUGGGGUUUACUUGCAUAACGUUGGACUGUAUAAGUCGUAUUUGACAUUGAAAGACAAAAAAAGGGCAUCAUAACCUGCAGUGUGUGAACAAAGUAUUAUAUUCAGGGCUGUCUUAUAUCCGGGUAAAUAUGUUUGGGUUUUUUUUUUUUUGGUCUUCAAACUACUUUAUGAUCAAUUUAUUUACAUAUCGUAGAUGUUCUGGCAAUGUGUUGUAUUUUAGAAAAGUUGGGAGCUGGAAAAGACUUUUGUUGCUUUUUCCUUUUUGCCAUAAAUUUCUGACAUCCAAGGCUGUUUUUUUUUGUGCUGUUUGGUUUCUUUGUGUGGAAAAACUGAACCUAUUUUCAAGACGCCAUCACUGGACAUGCAAAGGGAGCGCGCUGUCAAGCAGAAUGACACCCGGUGGCCUUGUAGACACGACUACAGAUCUUUUGCACAAUGUAUGAAGUCCCGAAAAAAAGCUUACAUAUAAGCAACAGAGUAUUUCACCGAGACCGAAUUCUAACAAUACUUUUUCCAAGUGAUGUGUCUUACAUUUGACCAGAGGCCAGAACUUGUUCCAUCUAACCUUCUGAUCUUGUUAUUAUAUUUUCAUAAAAGACAUACAGAUCCAGAAACUUGGAUUCCCCCGGAACUAGAACACUUUUUUUUUGGACUGAAGCCGUUUUUGUGUCAAGUCAAAUGUGAUGUAUGAAAAGCAAGACUGUGAAAUGUUUGUGAGUUUGUUGAUUUGAAGUCAAAUGAAGUGAACAAUUCCUACGUUGCCCGGUUCUGGAACUCCUGCCUUUUUUUACAAGUCUGUAAACCGCAAAGAAAAAUCACAUUUCUCGGCACAUUACUGUUUGAUAACUAAAGGGCGUCUGUUGUUGAUGUAUGUUGUUCUGAUACACACACUCAAAAAAAGAAAAAAUGGUUCUGAAAUGUUGUGAGCAUGUUUGGUAAUGAAAAAUCUAUGACAGAUUAGUCUGUUCUCGUGAAGAAUCUUAUGUCCAAACUGAUACAUAUAUAUAAAAAAAAGAAAAGCACAAAUACGUUGAUAGUGUCUAUUGUUCCUCUACAGAUGUAUGAAAUUAUCCAAUAAAAUGACAACUAUGGAAUUUCA